GCAGGCUGUUGUGUCCUCUCUGCCGGUGAAUCAUGGAGGAUGGGGAUGGAAAGCCUUAUUGAAAUGAGUAGAUUGCUGAGAGUCAAGGUAAAACCUCAGAUUGUCCACUGCUUUUGCCGUGGAUACUCUGUGUAUUACUCAAGACCAAUUACUAGUGCAUGGAAAUUCAUUGGGAGAAAUUUCAAACAUGAGGACUCUGUAAUGAAACUUAAGUUCUUUGGCUAUACUAGAAGAGUAGUAGAGUUGAGAUGGCGGCAUACUUUGUCAUCAAGUCUGGAAUCAAAGAUGUCAAUCGUCAUUAGACCAGACAUGACCAUCAGGCAGCUUGCUUCAGAGAUGAAUGUUGAUCCAGGUACUUUAGCUGAUAUGCUGAGUGACCUUGGAGAGGAUUUACCACAUGGUUUUUUCACAGUGCUUUCACCUGACCUAGCAGAGCUGUUGGUGUUGGAACAUAAAUUGACUCCCACUCACUCAGAUAUCAAAGAAACAGCAAGAUUUUCCCUUUUACCGAGACCACCAGUAGUGACAAUCAUGGGUCAUGUUGAUCAUGGAAAAACCACACUCUUGGACACCCUGAGAAGGACUUCUGUAGCUGCGGGAGAGGCUGGUGGCAUAACGCAACAUAUUGGUGCCUUUUCAGUUCAUGUACCUGGAGCUGAUAAGACCAUAACAUUUAUUGACACUCCUGGUCAUGCCGCAUUUGAAACAAUGCGAGCAAGGGGAGCUAACAUGACAGAUAUUGUUGUACUAGUUGUAGCAGCAGAUGAUGGUGUUAAGCAGCAAACAAUUGAGUCAAUAAAGCAUGCUACAAGAGCAAGAGUUCCCAUAAUUGUGGCUAUUAAUAAAGUUGACAAGCCGAAAGUAAAUGUGGAACAAGCCAAACAACAGCUUCUUCAGCAUGGAGUGCAGCUUGAGGAGUUUGGUGGAGAUGUCCAAGCAGUAGAAAUUUCCGCAUUAAAUGGAACCAACUUUGACGCACUCUUAGAGGCAAUCACAACCCUUGCAGAGCUGCAUGAUCUCAAGGCCAACAGAAACUGUCCUGUGGAAGGGAUUGUCUUGGAGUCACGAAAAGACAAAGGGAAAGGUUCCAUUGCAACAGUCCUUGUUAAGAGUGGAACAUUGAAGAAAAGCAGCAUAAUUGUUUCUAAUCAGGCAUUUGCAAAGGUUCGCUUGAUGCUUGAUGACCGAGGCAAUGUUGUAUCAGAGGCCACACCUUCUACCCCAGUGGAAGUAACAGGAUGGAGGAAGCUACCCUCGGCAGGGGAUGAAGUUGUUGAAGUCAAAUCAGAGCAAGAAGCUCAUGAUGCUGUGAGCAAGGAACAGGCAGUGUACCGUGAAAAAAAGAUGUCCUCAGAAGAUGUACACAACAUUUUACUGGAUGUACAGCUUACAUACAAGAGAGAGCCUGCCCCCAAAGCACCGAAUAGUGAUUACGAUAGCACAGACAGGUUAAAUAUCAUAAUUAAAGGUGAUGUUGAUGGCUCAAUAGAAGCCAUCAAUGAUGCCAUAGCAACAUACAAAUCAAAGAAGAUUAAGUUGAAUGUGCUGUCCAGCAAAGUAGGAGCUGUCAAUGAAAAUGACAUCAGGCUUGCACAAACUUUCAAGGGCCUUGUGUUUUGCUUUAAUGUGAAGAUUUCAAACCAAGUACAAUCAUUAGCAAAACGACUCGGUAUCUCGAUUAAACAGCACAAGAUCAUUUACAAGCUGUUAGAAAACAUCAAGGAUGAAAUUUCAAAAAAACUGCCCCCUUUGCAUGAAGAAUCUGUAAAUGGUGAGGCAGCAGUCCUUAAAGUUUUUAAGUUGACUGGUUCACGUAAGGCAACGGUGGCCGGCUGUCGUGUGAUGACAGGAACACUUGUACGUGGUAAAACUUUGUACAAAAUUCUGAGGAAUAAAAGCAUCAUAUUUGAAGGAAAAUUGGCUACCAUGAAACGCGGUGUAGAUGACAUAAGUCAAGCAAAGAGGGAAACAGAAUGCGGCCUAUCAUUUGAGAAAUUCACUGACAUACAAGAAGGAGAUGUGAUACAGUGUUGUACUGUAACUGUAAAGGAGCAAGAAAUUGACUGGGAUUGGGGUUUUUGAUUAAAUGACAAAAUGACUGGGAGUCCUUAGCUCUUCCAUGGGGACACUUGAAAAGCUGUUUUGUAAAUAAAUAAAUUAUACAUAUCAACAAUGA